AUGGCUAAAGACAAGACAAUUCUAAAGGACGAAAGUGACGGUCAUUGGGAUAGGAAUCAUUGUACUCAGAUUCCAAAGAAUUUCAUUCACACUCCAGAUGAGAGGCCACGACUUAACGAAGUAACUUUUUUGGAUGAUAUUUCUUUGGUAGAUCCCGCUCAUCUUUAUGGACCUAAUAGAAACAUGGUGGUCGACAAAAUUCGAUCUGCUUGUCGACAAGAUGGAUUUUUUCAGGUUAUUAACCAUGGAGUGCCAGAGACAUCCAUAAACAGAAUGCUAGAAGUUUCUAAGGAAUUUUUCACUAUGCCUGUGGAAUAUAGAGAUAAGUUCUAUUCUGAAGACCCUUCUAAUGUCGUACGCUUGUCAACUAGCUUUAACGUUCAAAAGGAGAAAGUCUAUAACUGGAGAGAAUUUUUGAGGCACCAUUGUUAUCCUUUAGAAAAAUAUGUGGACGCCUGGCCAUCAGAACCCAAAGCUUACAGAGAGGUUGUUGGGAAAUACUGCACAGAGGUAAGAGCUCUGGUUCUAAGUUUGCUAGCUACCAUAUCCGAGAGCCUCGGACUCCAGACAGAUUAUCUUGAUAAAGCUCUUGGAAAGCAUGCUCAACAUAUGGCAAUAAAUUAUUAUCCUCGCUGCCCAGACCCUGAGUUGACAUUUGGCUUGCCAGCUCAUUCAGAUCCCAAUGCCCUCACAAUCCUUCUACAAGCUGAUGUCUCGGGACUCCAAGUGCUUAAGAAUGGGCGAUGGUCUGCCGUAAGGCCCAUUCCAAAUGCCUUCGUAGUCAAUAUUGGAGACCAGUUACAGGUUUUGACCAACGGAAUUUACAAAAGCGGAAUUCACCGUGCGGUAGUGAAUUCGGCCCAAGCGCGGAUUUCCAUUCCCACAUUUUACUGUCCUUCACCCGAAGCAGUAAUUUCGCCUGCUGCUUCGUUAAUCACCAGUGGUAACCCUGCGUGGUAUAAAAAGUUUACCUACGAAGAAUAUUAUCAGAUGUUCUGGAGCAAAGAGCUACAAGGAAAUUCAUGCCUGGAUUAUUUUAAAGCCAACUCUGUAAAUUCAUCUAUGACGAAUCAAAACAAAGUGCAGUACAUGUAGUUAUUAUAUUCAAUCGAUAUUUUUGUUUCUCCCUGUGAAAGAUUCCAGACCGACUCUAUAUGCCAAAUUGUGUUAAAUGCAUAUGAAC